UUUUUACAGACCUACAGAAUUUUCACACGCGCAACGCUCGCAAAACACAAGCGAACAGCGUGCAAGAGUUGAGAAAAAUUCAAGAAAAUUGGCGAAAUUAUUGUAAAAUGUGCAGUGCGUAAAUGAAAAGUGGCAAAAAGUAGCUCCGGAAAAUGUUUGUGCAGGCAGCAGGCAGGCCUAAACCAGAUGAGAUGUGCAAGUGUGUGAUUGAGUGCAGCAAAUUGGGCUACAAUUAAAUUAGGCUCGUUCGUAUAUAUGUCGCGGCCCAGAUCGGUGCAGCCAGUACAGCAAUAUGGCGAGACCAUUUUGGGCCUGGCGUCGCCUCUGCCUAAGCCUUCUAUUUGUGUUCAUCAACUGUGGGCCUGCUGUCAAUGGCGAAAAAAUCAACUACAAUCUUGUGCACUCCUGGGCGGACAAGCUGGGCUUGGAGCUCUUUUCGUUGGGCGAUUUUAUCACCAGGCGCAAGGAGGUGCAAGAGAGCUUCAAGGAAGCCAAAGUGGUGACGCGUCAGGGUGGCAUAAUUGUCGAAUCCAUGGCGAAAGAAAUCGAAAUGAUGAUGGAUCUCAAAGUCAGCGCCGUGCGUCGCAUUAUGGAUACUGCUGAAAACACAGCUCUGUCGCAUCAAAAUGAUAUGGCUGACAAGAUGUUCUCGUACUACAAUGCCAAAGAGAUGGCAGAGCCGGGCGAACCGACACCACCACCUCCAACGACACCACCGGACAUGGAUGAUCAGAUCGGCGAGCCGUUGAUCUAUGUGCCGCCCAAGGUGUUGGUGCUGGAGCCGAGGCCGGAGUUCCAGAAUACGCCGGUCAAUUUCAGCGUCAGUUCCGUGCACGUGCCGGUGAAUGUGUUCGAUCGAGCAUCGGAUGUUAUAAAAGCGAUUCAAUGGUCGGAAAAUUUGGAUCAGAUAUUUCGUGAUAAUUAUAAAAACGAUCCAAGUUUGUCGUGGCAAUUUUUUGGCAGUUCGACAGGCUUUAUGCGUCAAUUCCCUGCAUCGAAAUGGAAGAAGGACGUACCGGUUGAUCUAUAUGAUUGCCGUUUACGCUCUUGGUACAUGGAGGCGGCGACAAGUCCAAAGGAUAUUAUUAUCCUAAUGGAUGGAUCGGGUUCAAUGUUGGGACAGAGGCUAGAUAUCGCAAAGCAUGUUGUCAAUACAAUACUCGAUACAUUAGGUACAAAUGACUUUGUGAACAUCUUCACCUUUGAUAAGGAAGUGAGCCCAGUUGUCGGAUGUUUCGAGGACACACUGAUUCAAGCAAAUCUGGGCAACAUACGUGAACUAAAAGAAGGGAUUGAAUCGUUUAAACCCAAAUCGAUUGCCAAUUAUACCGCUGCAUUGACAAAAGCCUUCGAGAUAUUGGAAGAGACGAAGAUUAAUUCGCGCGGCGCGCAAUGCAAUCAGGCGAUUAUGAUCAUUGGUGAUGGGGCACCCGAGAAUAAUCAAGAGGUCUUCCAGUUGCACAAUUGGCGCGACCCGCCCUAUAGGCCGGUGCGUGUUUUCACCUAUCUGAUUGGCAAAGAGGUGGCGAAUUGGGAUGAUAUACGGUGGAUGGCAUGCGAGAAUCAGGGCUAUUAUGUGCAUCUCAGCGAUACAGCUGAGGUGCGCGAAAUGGUAUUAAACUAUAUACCAGUUAUGGCUAGGCCUCUGGUAUUGGGUAGGCAUGAUCAUCCGGUCAUAUGGACGCAGGUCUAUGCGGACCUCGAGGAUACAAAACUCUCCGACUACCUGUGGGAGAUCAAACAGUGCGAGGAGCAAAAGGCCGAUGUCCUGGAAUACUGGCAAGUACACGAUCGCAUGCUGGAGCCCAGCGAAAUGCACAGACGGGAGUAUCGACGCAUGAAGGAGACCUGGAACCAACCAGUAGACUCCAAUGUCUAUCAAUUUAUGACCACCGUUUCAAUGCCCAUAUAUGAUCGUCGCGAAAAUGCGCUCAUUAAUCUAACGACCGAUAUAAAUCCGGCUGCGAAAAUAAACCUUCAAGUUACAAGAAUUGCAAAUAUAUUGGGCGUGGCUGGCACAGAUGUGCCUAUCAAUGAAAUUAAAAAAUUGCUAUCGCCGUUUAUGCUUGGCGUGAAUGGUUAUGCGUUUAUAGUAACCAACAAUGGUUAUGUACUAUUCCAUCCAGAUUUUCGUCCAAUUUUCCAAGGUUAUAUACUAAAGCCAGCUUACAAUAGCGUUGACAUGAUUGAAGUCGAGCUAUUGGAUGACGAUCGAGCCGCCAGAGACUUUAACCCAGUAUUGAUGACGAUACGCGAUGCUAUAAUCAAUCAAUCGACUGGCAGCAAAUGGAUGUUGGUUAAGAAUCAUUUCGAUGAAAUGAAACGUGUGGCUCGCGUCAAGCGCCAGUAUUACUGGACCGCUAUUAAGAACACACCAUUUACGCUUGUUAUUUCCUAUCCUGAGCGUUAUGGCGUGAGUCGCGUGGAACCACGCACCGAACAAGAUAUUCAUCGCACCUAUAUAACGGGCAAAAAUAUACGCAGCUUCUUUGAUGGCAAACGCUGGAAGAUUCAUCCCGAUUGGCUAUUUUGCAAGCAAACCAACAAGACAUUCAGAACGCCCGAAACUGAACUUUUGUACUUUGUGGACCGUAUGUCUGAGCCCGGUUGGCACUGGCCAUCGAGUCGAAGCGCGUUGCCCCCGGAGCAUGCGGCGGCCAUUUUCUCUAACAACUCAUCAACUGGCCGCUAUCCAUCAAUCAAUGAAAAAGAAAGCUACUAUUGCGAUCGCCAGCUAAUGCAAUCACUUGUCUUUGAUGCACGUGUCACUAAAUGGUUCUCCAACAAUACCAGUUUCAAUGCGCGCGAAAAGGAUGAGAAGAGACACGAAUUCAAGCAGCGAUUUGGCAUCACCGUCGCCUUUCUGGCCACGCACAGUGGUCUAACACGCUGGCAUGAGUUCCAUUCGAAUAUGGCCGAGCAGCCGGGCGUGGGUGAGAGCUUCAGUCAGAAUAAUAAGCGCGCCAUCGAUGAGAUCUGGUACAAACGGGCAGUGGAUCAAUAUUUUGUGCAAAAGGAGAGCUUUGUCUACUCCGUGCCUUUCGAUGCUGGCGAGAGUGGUUCAGAAAUUAUUGUUACUGCCAGUAACGCCAUCUUUCACAAUGAGAGCUCCAAAUCUGCGCCCGCUGCCGUCGUUGGAUUCCAAUUUCAACACUCGGCCUUUUACAAGCUCUUUCAUAAUAUCACCGGCAACGCCUGUGCUGUGGAUGAUAAGGACUGCUAUAUACUGGACAACAAUGGAUUUGUGAUCAUCUCUUCACGCGUGCACGAAACUGGCAGAUUUUUCGGUGAGGUCAAUGGCGCCAUCAUGAUGCGCCUGGUGGAGGAAAGAGUAUACAAGCGCGUCAUUGUGUAUGACUAUCAAGCCGUUUGUUUCGAGUCGAAAACAGAAGUUAACGCUUCCAAUACGCUGCUUUCUCCGCUGUUCCAUCUGCUGCGCGUGGGCAAAUGGCUGCUGCAUACGGCGCUGUGGUAUAUUGUACAACUUAUGCGACUGGCGCCCGGCGUAACGGCCCAUUACAAUGAUGUGUAUAUGGAUGUGAAUGGCACAGAACCGGAGCCGGAGCCAGAUGAUAACAGUCGGGCAAAGAAUACAGCCUGGCUGCGCUACCUGACGCUGCAUCGCACGCGGCUCAAAUCGUGCGACAUGCAGCGCGAGUUGUAUAUGCUGUACAAUGAGAAGGACAACGUUGUCUACAAUAUGACAGCGCAUGCAUGCGAGCGGCCAUUUGUGGUGCUGCCCAUACCGAACAGUAAUCUGAUACUGUUGGUCAUCGAUCAGCUGUGUCCGCGCGAUGUCGCCUACGUGCUGACCGUCAAUCCCAAGCCGAUACACUAUCCGCUGGCGCCCAACGAGACCUUCUCCUGCUACAAGCACGCACGUGAAUUCAAUCGAGUGCGUCCACAGAGCUGCAUCAGUCGCCAUGCGAAUGAGAGCGCAAUCAAGUUGUGCGGCAAGGGCUGCGCCUUCUAUGCGAAUCUCACGCUGUUGCUGCUCAGCCACGUGCUGAGCCGCUUGCUUUAACGGCGGUCGCAAUACAUUUAGUCUAAUCGUAGGCAAUCUAUGUAUAUUGAUAAUGUUUUUUGUAUUAUAUGAUAGUUAAAAAGGGAUAGGGGAACUACAAUUUUUUUACUAUACUCUUAAACGCUUGAGCGCUGUUCAUUUUUUCCACAAUUUUUCAACUUAGUUUUAAGGCAAAGGUAGCUACCAAAUUUGUUUUCAAUGCGUGUGUUAAGUUUUAUGUUAACUAUGAAAAUGUAACAGUGUGUGCUGCCUAUGAUGGACGAGUCACUGCGCUUUAUUGUGGACCUUCCAAUAGACAAAACCAAAUAUGUAUAUGUAUUUAUUAUACUAAUUAACUAAAAAUUCCAACAACGGCCUUAAACAACUCGCAAAUACAAAACAAAAAAUUAUUAAACAAAAAUAUAUUAAACAAAACUAAGUAAAUAACAUUUUGUAAAUGCCGCUCGCUGUUAAAUAGGCAAGAAAAAAGCGCACACUGUUCCAUAUAAACUACUGCCCAUGGUAAGUGUGUGAGUCUGUGCAUGUUUGUGUGUGUGUGUGC